AUGGUGCUGCAUUGGGAGCUAUAUGAAGACUUCACAUGGAAGCUGUAUGCUGGACUGAUUGGGGCAUGCAUGUUGUGUUUUAUCUCGUUCAGACGAUGGAACACGCCAGCCUUCUACCGUUCAAACAUCUCAAUGGUCGGCAUGACUGCAAUUGUUACAGGUUCCAACUCCGGCAUCGGGAAAGAGACUGCACUGGACUUCGCUCGCCGUGGCGCCCGGGUCAUCCUCGCCUGUCGCAACCCGGCCAAGGGCGAGGAGGCAGCCAAGGAGAUACGGGAGUUGACCGAUAAUGAUCAGGUCGUCUUCAGACUUCUGGACAACGCCAGCCUGGAGUCAGUCAGGUCGUUUGCUGAGACGAUACUAAAGGAGGAGUCCAGACUGGAUGUCCUGGUGAACAAUGCAGGUGUGUCCCGUUGCCAUGCAAACGAGAAGACAGCCACCGGUUACGAUCUUCAAUUCGGCAUCAACCACCUCGGCCCCUUCCUCCUGACCCACCUCCUUCUGCCCCUUCUUAAAGAAACCGGCCCCAGCCGCAUCAUCAACGUCUCCUCAGUAGCCCACACGAUGGUCAGCAGUCUAUGCUACCUGAACACCAAACAGGCGUUCGAGGAGACCUUUGCCUAUGCAACGUGUAAGCUCUGCAACAUCCUGUUCGCCAGCGAGCUGGGCCGGCGGUUACAGGGCACCGGAGUGACGGCGUACUCACUCCAUCCCGGCAUGGCAGACACUCGCAUACUGCACCCGAGAUCGAGCCGACUCCAUGGGAGAUUCGUUCUGUUUUUCUUCAGAAAUAUCCUCAGGCCCUUUACGAUUUCUAUCGAGGCAGGUGCCCAGACGACUAUUUACUGUGCACUGGACGAGUCGGUGCCGUACUAUUCAGGGAGGUACUUCGCUGACUGCCAACUCGCGGAAGAAACUGAACUCGCGCGAGACGAGAAGAUCGCCUCGCAACUCUGGGAUCUCAGCUGUAAAUUAACGGGUGUUGAGAAUGCGUGA